GAGAACCGUCGAGCUUCACCGGCGCGACGCGAGUCGAGGGUGAACAGUGUGUCGGCGAGGGGGUAGUGCCGCGAACCCUACACGGGAAACCGGGAGAGUUUCGUGGCGUCGCGGCGCUCUCGCGAGAGCAUCCACGUCGAACGGCGAACGCGCGGACCCUUCUCCCGAAGGGCUCCCACCUCGGAAGCGACGCUUUUUCCCUUAUUGAUUCCGGCCCUUCGGUUCGCGGCCCGUUUGUGGCGUGAUCGCUCGAUAAGUUGCGUCUCCGUACGCACGCACGUACGCACGCAUCGCAGACGCGUAUCCUUAACUGCGAGCUGCGAGUCGCGAGCUGAUAGCUUAAUCCCUCUCGAUCGAAAUUGAUUUUCACGCACGAAUUUUUCACGGUUUUAAUCAUUCGUCCAUUACUUAACAGUCUCGUUAUUCCCAAGUUGCUUGUUGCUCCUACGUCACGGAUUACUGCGUCGGAGGGCCGAUCUUUCCUGAGGAACGAAUUUCGCGAUCUCUCAUAUGGAGAAUCGCCGAGGCUCGUGUGAACGGUUGUUGGAGCAUCGAUUCGUCGCGUUGUGAAGAGUGUCUCGGGGACUGGUGCAUCUCGGAUCGUCUGAUGCUGAUCGCGAGUAAUUAGUGAUCCGAUUAAAAAGAGUGCCGCGUGUGCCGCGUGGGUGAUCAACGGGAUCCAUUGGAGCAUGCAACAGUAAGAGGACUCACCGAUUACAAAGCACGUGCAUGUUCAUCGCCGGACGAUGGCUGGACUACGCUACGUUUGCCAGCUCCUCGUCGUCCUGGAAUACCUGUCGGUCGUUCUGGUGCUCGCCCAGAACCCCGUGGAGGAUAAGACCACCUUCGAGGCUGCCUUCCAGGGAAGAUGCGGGCACGGAUCGCCAUGCGAACAGCUCUGCUACGAGCUCCACGAUGGCAUGUACGAGUGCGACUGCAGGGACGGUUACAUACUUCAUAAAAAUGGAUACAGCUGCGCCGAGCUUAACUCGACAUCUCCAUCGACGAGCGAGUUCGACGAGUUUGUCGAUGAGGCCGAGAGCGACGAGACGAAUGCGGACAAUGCGGAUGACGAAGACGAGAUCGAAGACAUCCUUUAUAUGCGAGGUGCCACCUUCACGAUACAUCUGGAUGCUCCGGCCGAGAAUUCCUCUGCGAAUGCGACGAAGAUAAACGAGGAGAACGGCGCAGAUCGGAUCGAGCUGCGCGCCACGUCCCAGGGCCCAAAUCUGGAGCAGAAAUUGCCAUCCACGAUGGAAAGCAUCAUAAGCACGGAACCAACGUGUUCCUUGGACUGCGGACCGGCUGGAAAUUGUUACAUCGAGCAAUCUCGCGGAGAUGAAGCUGAUGUGCUGAUCGAGGAUGAUGACAGUGAUGACGUCAACGGAAGCGUAGAUCUCGAGGGCAAUACCGUGAAUCUUAGACGAAAGCAGGGAAUGUUCAGACAAAGAUGCCAGUGUCCUCUCGGAAGGGGUGGAGAUCGUUGUCAGUUUGAGGCUGAAGUGAGAUCGCCACGUUUCACUGGAUCAGGCUGGUUGGCUUUUCCUGCUUUAAGAGCCGCUUACAAACAUGUUCAAUUAGAACUGGAAUUUCGGCCCGAAGCGUGGGACGGGGUGCUUCUCUUGGCGGGAGAACGAGACGAUCUUCAGGGUGAUUUUAUGGCCUUAAUACUGCAUCAUGGCUUCAUCGAAUUCAGGUUCGAUUGCGGCAGUGGCGUGGGUACCGUGAGGAGCACGGAGACGGUGAAACUGAAUGAGUGGAACACCCUAAGUGUCUACCGACAUCGAUGGGACGCCUGGGUCCAGCUGAAUCAAGAAAAGAGGGUGGAGGGACGAUCGAAGGGCUUGUUCUCGAGAAUUACGUUCCGUGAGCCGCUCUUCGUCGGCGGGCCCGGAAACACGACCGGUUUGGAGCGACUUCCGGUGAGGACCGGAUUUAAGGGUUGCAUCCGGCAUUUGGAGGCGAACGAGCACCACUAUCGCUUCCCGUUGGCUCCGCAGGGCGACGCCGCGAACGGAUUCGACGUCGAGGAGUGCACGGCCGACAGGUGCAGCAAGGUGCCGUGUUCUCACGGUGGAAAAUGCCUGACAACCGGGGGCGACACGGCUGUCUGUCUCUGCCCACUCGGCUAUACAGGCGAUCUCUGCGAGACCCGGGUCGACCUGCAGGUUCCAUCCUUCAACGGAUCCUCUUACCUACGUUAUCCAGGAUUGGCGGACACGUCGCUGUCGUGGCUGGAAUUGUCCGUCACGUUAAAACCGACCGCGCCGGACGGCGUGAUCCUAUACAACGGCCAUCACAGCGAUGCCACCGGUGACUUUAUUGCGCUCUAUCUCUCCUCAGGCCACGUGCAGUUCACCUUCGACCUCGGAACAGGACCUGCCACUUUGAGGAGCGAGAAUCCGGUACGUCUGGGUGAAUGGGUUGCAGUUCGGGUCUCCAGGACAGGUCGUUUGGCAUCCCUCGAAGUUGAGGACGACCCGGCCCAGGAAAUCCUGGCGCCCGGAGCGUUCACGCAAUUAUCUUUACCACUGAACCUCUAUUUGGGCGGCGCGCCGUCCUCCGACAUGUACUCGCCGAAGAUGAAAACUAUGGCCAGCUUCGUCGGCUGCAUUCAGACGAUCGUGCUGAAUAAUCGCGAGGUGGGUAUCCUAGCAGAGGCGUUAGGCGGAGUAAACGUGGGAAAUUGCGGACACGCGUGCGAGGCCAGACCCUGCGGUGAUGCGGAGUGUCGACCCCUUCGCGAGCGAUUUACCUGCCGGUGUCGUCCAGGUGUGCCGCAUCCCUGUCCUGCUCCGGACGAUUACGCGCCCCUGAUCCCGCCACCAGCGAGAGCCAGCAGCGCCGUGACAUCCACGAGAUACGAGAGGGCUGUGCCCAGCUUCACCGGCAGCGAGAGCUACCUGCAUUAUAACGACGCCGACACGAUGAAAAGGAUAAUCAGCUACAGGGUGGACAUCAACAUGAGAUUUCGCGCCAGCAGCAGCAGCGGCUUGCUGCUGUGGAGCGGCCGCCAGUCGGAUCCUCAGGAACAGAGGGAUGAGAACGAUGACUUCCUCGCCCUCGGCUUGGACCACGGCUACCUCACCCUCGCGUAUAAUUUAGGCUCCAGCGAAGCCAUGUUACGGUAUAAUCUCACUCGACUAGAUGACGAUCUAUGGCAUCGUAUCAGGGCCGUCAGAAACGAGCAAUGGGCAUCUCUCGUGGUAGAUAGCGGUACUGGUGUCUCAGCAUCAUCCCCAGGACAACUGAGGCAAUUGAACACUGAUACUGGUCUUUACGUUGGCGGUGCACCGGACAUCGUGAGGACAACGGGCGGUAGAUACACGAAGGGCAUCGUGGGUUGCAUCAGCGACCUCGUGCUGGACUCGGACUUCUCGGUCGCGUUGUCGUCUCCGGCGCAGGCGACCAACACGCACUCGUGCAUCCCCUGAAAGAGAGAUAUCCGUGCCGUCCGACGUGAGGUGGUGGUGUUGUCGGGUCCAUCCCGAAGCUAGGAUAUGAAAAUUUAAGGAUAACGAAUCACACCGCGCGAGGGUGGCGCGCCGCGUCGAGGGAGAGUGCUCCACACAAAAAAGUGCACCCCCCCCGAUAUGCAUCCAUGGCGGCCGCGCGUAAACCACGCGCGGUCCAACAUUUUUGUACAGACUCAUCCUUCCACAGGUGGAACUCUCGAGAAUGAAGGCGAUUGAGCUGGGUCGGCAACCGACCAUCGUCGAGCGCGGUCAUCGGGUGAUAGGCGGUUUUACUGUAAAUAUUAAUAGGGCUAUCCGAGAUACCGCGGAGAUGUCUAUCGUUUGCCUCGCGGCAUUGAUCCUUGGCGCUGCGGCUUCCUGUCGAUCCUUAUCGGCCGGUCUUAGAAUAAGUUUCAAGUAAGGUUUCAAGUAAGGUUUCUCGUCGGAGGCGUCGGGUAAAUGAGAUGAUGACACGAUUUUCCAACGAUAAGAUUAGACCAGGUGCUGUGCAAACACAUCGUUCAUCACGCAAUUAUUAAACAGUUACAAUCGUAAUUAAAUAAUAAGUAAAUUUAAUAAUUGGAUCAUUACUUUCGCGCAUUGUGCACUGUCUUUUUUAUCCGACGGUCGCAGUUGCUCCAUUUGACCGUGCUUUUCGAGAAUCGAGAUUGUCGAGAAGGAAACUGUUUUCAGAGACAACUAUUCAUAUGAUUUCUAAGAUUGUUUUUCAGUGUAGAAAAGUGGUAAACUAGGGGCUAAUUAUAAAAUGACAAUUGUAAAGUAUGAAUGGGAUAUACGAUGGAAGUAUCGAAGCAACAUAUCCAUUUCUCACGAGACUCAUGCUGUUGAUAAGGGUUUUAAAGAGAUAUCACUGCAAGCAUGCGUGACAAAGUAAUACUUUAAUGUACAGUUAAACUAAAUAACUGCGACGCAUUUUUCUACUCCGUUUCUUCGUAAGCAAUUAUCACUAAGUAAUCCUUUAAUGCUAGCAAGAUAAAAGCGUAAACUACACUCACUGGUAAUUUUAAAUUUAUUCAUUUAUAAUUAAGCCUUGAGCUGUGCGUGAUGUUGUUAAGAUUCAAAUACCAGUAUAGAACAGAAGAUAAACGAACAGACAGAAAACUUCGCUAUACAUAUGGUUUUUAACACAAUUUAUUACUUAGAGAUUAAUAAUUGCUUAAUUACUUUAUUCAAUAUUCGUGCCAUUCCACACGCGACAAUUGCAAACAAAAACUGCCCUCGUUCUUAUUUAUUUUUUAUGCAGAAUGUAUACACGGAAUGUUUCCUUAACUAGAGGAUAAAAGCGUCGAAGAAAAUCGUUAUUUUCAACUUAUACAUAAAUUCUCCACGUUACAUAUUUUCAUAAACUUCCAUUAGAAUUUAUCUGAAAUUGGUUAAAGGAUGAGUCUAUUUGUGGAUUCUUUAAAGUUUACGUCUCAUGAAGUAAAUCAUUACUAUCUUGACUGUGUGCUGAAACAAAAUUUAUAUUAAAUUGGCAAAAGGAGCUGUACUUAAAAGGACAUUCAGUGGUGCACAGAGACACAUUCUUUAUGCAAUAUGUCUGCAAGAAUGUAUCAUCGACCAAGCCUAUCCUUAAAAUUUUCUAUUUGCUAAAUUUAUAAUAUAUCUAUAAUUUUUAUAAAAUUAUAAUAACAUUACAAUUUUACUAUUUAAGCUAAAGAUAAAUUAAAAGUUCACUUGGACCGAUAAUUUGCAAUUUUUUAAUUGCUGUUUUAUCUGUUUAAAGAUUAAUACUCUCGUCAUAACGAUUAUAUAGGUUUUUGUAUUUCUUUAAACCGCGUCGAGGAAUAACUAAACCAGGUUAGAUUAAACUUAAUAGCAAAUAUACACAUUUAGUUCUGAUCAAGCUCAGAAAAGUGGAACGUAUCGAAUCAACUUCAAAAUUUUCACCUAAUGUCCUUGAUUAAACUGUCAUUUCAACUUUGUCCAUAUUCGCAUAUUAAUAGUCGCCUCUCGGAAAUUGUUUCGUAACAAAGUUUACGUAAAUUAGAUUAUUAUUCGUAAUAAAAUUUCUACUAAUAAUGACGUCUAUAUUACAAUAACAGUGAAGUAAAUGAAACGGCGAAAGUGCAUUAGUUUAAUAAUUUUGCAAACUGGCAUUUCACCCAAAUAUUGAUGCUUAAAUUAGCUGCAAGCAUAAUGUAAUAAAAGCUUCAGCAUUUGUACGAGAAAAUAUGCAUAGCAUUCGAAGGAAAUGGAAGUCGUUGCACUGGGACAAUGCCCGGCUGGAUAUAAAAUUUGACGGAGCGCGUCUCGAAGACGGCUUUCGGCCUAAUAUAAAAGAUAAAAGUAUGUAGAAAAAGCAACCCCUCCGCGUCAAUUUUGAUUAUUCUCUCCGACCGGAUGUUACCUUCGACACGAAGUGUUAUUAUAUUCGAUCCUUGCGAAUUUAAAGCGUUCGAGAUUGUCGAAAAAUUUGGAGCGCGUUUGAACUGUCACUGGAUAAAAUCUUUAUUAAAAAUGCAAUAGGAAAAUAAAAAAAAUGAAAUGCUAAAUGAAAUGAAGAAAAUAAAUAUCACUUGAAAAAUGAAAUUUGCAUGUUAUUGGAAACAACAUCAUCAGUAAUAACAUUUUUAUUAAUAUAAUUUAACGAAAAAAUUCAUAAAAUAUUAUGAUGUCAAGUAUUUUUUCCGAAAAAUUCAUUUUGAUUCAACAUCAAUUUAUUUCUGAAACAGAAUAUAAUUAUUCAGCAGAAGUAGAUAGUGCAUAAAAGCAACAGUCAUAAAAGUGAUGUAAUAUUGUAACUCGGUUACUCGCAACUCGCGUACUCGCGUAAUAGAGUCACGGUGUGGUCUCGCGCUACGCAUAUACUUGGCGCGAGACACUACCGUGUCUCUUGAUAGGCAGUAAUAAAGAUAUUAUCCAGCGGCGGUUCAGGCAGCGCGUGCUCGCUGCUCUUACGAAUCACUGCGUACCGCAACUUUUCUAUAUAAUAAUCAUAGAACUUAUCACGAUCUUUUUCUAGCAGCUAAUUGUAAGUCACAAGCGCAGCCACGAGCACGAGUUUUAGUUCCACGACGGUAUCGAAGUUGAUAUAUUGUGAUUGAUACGAUAAAUACUAAUAAAAGUAGAGGAGCUAUAUCAUGGACCAAACACCAACACCUUCAUCAUCAUGUUUACUUCAACGGGGAUGUAUAAUACGCAAAAAUACAAUCGGGCACGAAGCGCAUCUUGAUGACGGUUCGCUACUUGCGUCCUCAUGAACGAUCUCAUCCGGUGUUGGACGAACUUUACAAAUCAUUUAUGGGUCUUUAACGUCCGUUUUCAUCCGUAUGAACCGUAUAUCAUAUCUGAAAGAUAUUUUAAGAUUAUCAGUACAGCAAUAAGUAUAUUUACGCAAGAAUUUGCCUUGUUACGUUAGUAAUGGAUUAACUUCAUCUUAAUGAAUAUUAAGGAGUAAGACGCGUUAAUUAAAAUCAUUGUUAGCGUCUUCGCAAUCUAAAGGAAUACAUAUUUGAUUGAGUCUCUGUGACCAUCUCAAUGGCGAGAGUGUGAGAUCCACAGAUUAAUCAAUUAAUGUUGUAAUAUUAACUAUGGACGAAAAAUACUUAUGUGUCUGGCUUUGUGUCGUUAUAAAGGUAACAAGUUAGUAUUUUAACAAAAGCAUCAUUCGCAGUAAUUUGAUUACUAAUGCAAACUUUCGCAUUUAGACGUGAUUAAUUUAAAAUUCAAUAUAGCUUUGUUCAACGAAGGAAAGCGAUGGAAAGAGAGGAUAACAAUGACACUUUUACACAUACGUAUAAAAAAAGAAAAACAAAUAAUAUCUUUAUUAUGCAGAUGCUCGUCGCAUAUUUUUUUAUCUUCAUAGAGCGUUUCACUCAAUCACUUGUGAACACGAUUUAGCACUACCGGUCGGAAAAAAUCCCAGGUCAAUACGUAUACACAUUCUAUCUCACGGCAGAAGAGACAGGGAAAGGGAGGAAAGGAGUGAGGAAUGAGAAAACGAGAUGGUAAUGUAAGACAUUGAAUAAUCGAUGAACUUCACUUUUGUCAUCGCACGAAAAUGAUUUUGACCUACUCAGACACACAUCAUAAAAGCAAUCGGCUGUAGUCAAUUUUGUACGGAUGUUAUUUUCGGGACUAAAUAUAUAAUGAUAUAUCAAAGGUGAGUGGUAGUCACGUAGAAAGUGUAAUAAUAUACAAUUUAAAUGAUUGUACGUCGAGAGAGAAUUAGCGGGCGGGUAAUUUAUGUCCUCAUUAACCCUCUCACGCUUGAGCUUCCGCAAAAUGUAACAAAAUCAAAGCACUCGUAAAGUAAGCAAAGAUAUCCUUGGACUAAAAGGAUUUAUAUGUGUUUUGUGUAUCUUGUGAAGUAUGAUUUAAUCUUCUGUAAUAAUUUAUCGACAGUGCAGACACUUGAAAUAAGGAAUUUAACAUGUCGCAGUUCUUCAAAAUUUAUUCGGAUUAUUGCGCGAUUGGACGCCUGAAUGUUUCCAUUUGAAUAUUUUCUCGUGCACAGAAUUGUACAUGUAAUGCGUGGGAGGAUUAAAGGCACUUUUUCUAGUGUAAUUCAAUGUACAACAUUUCGCGUAAGUAUGCAUUGAGUGACUCGAGGCUUCUAUGCUCGUACGUCAUUUUGUACAGCGCGCACUCCGUUCCUUUGCAAUUGCAAGUAAACACGUGGGAAUUCACGAUGCAGGGAACUCCCCGAGAAAUCCGAAUACGUUCCGCUCGUUUUCUAAUUGCAAUGCUUCAACUCGGAAAUAUGGUUCCUGGACGCAUUCCACCCAAUGCCGUCGGAGAUUACUCUCGAGAUAUUCGCUAUGUAUUCGAAUAUUCGAUAAUAAUAUUCCAGCUGGAAAUUAUUCCAAACACUGGAAUUCCGCGAGUAUCUGCAUGCUUGAAUCGCGAGUAUUCGGAUCGAUAAUUCUACGAGAUCACCAACAAACUGCUGUAGCAAUUAUUAUUAUCCAACUAUGCGAUGUUCAAAUCUUCGAACAAAGCAAUUAUAAUUUACAAUCGAAUCAUGUCGUAAUCGUAAUAAGAAACUGGACAUACGAGUUGCUAUUUGCAGAUCGGAAUUGAAUAUUCUGAAGGAAUUAAUUUUAUAAUAAAUUGAUAUAUCUUAAGAGAAAUUAUAUAUUUUAAUUAUUAAUACUCAGAUCAUACAUGUAAAAUACUGAGUGACAAUUAAAAUGCGACUACUUUCGAGUAUUCGAGUACCGAGUUGCUCGAAACACGACGGCAAAUUUCAUUCUAACACCAAAGUAGUGUAUCGAAGCUUUAAUUACUUAGCUCUUGUGGUUUCGAAUUUUUGUGUUUUCCAUUCAAAGAUCAAAAGAAAAUUUUAUGCCCUUUCCAGAAUCAGCAAUUAUCACUUAAAACUGUAAUAAUUUUAUUUGCAAAUCGAGAUAAGUUCUGCAGAAAACGAAAUCGACCGAUGAAUCAAAUAUUGUUAAUUGUUUCCUUCCUGCAGAACUUGAUCCCAAUUUAUUUGCGACACGUCAAAUUAUUAUAAAUUGUGAAGGUUUUUUUAGAAACUUUAAAGAUUUAUAAUUAAAAGUAUUUAAUUAAAUGGCGUGAAAAAACUUAUGUCUAUGUGUAUAUGUAAUAUUCAUAAGCAAAGUUAUUCUUAAAAAGAUGUACUAAUUGCUUAUGAUAAUUAAUAUCUACGUAAUAUUGUAUAUUAUUUAUUUAUUCAUUGAGUAAAGCGCAGUUGUGCAAUACAAUCAAUGCAACUGAUCUUGAAACGCAUGAGAGAAUCAGUUUUAAAUGUUCCUCUAAUGAUCAGUGAUAACUAUGUGGCGUAUUGCUUUCUCAUUUAUUAUACAUUGAAUUGUGAAAAAUCAAAGUCGAUUGAAAGAGAAUUUAGAUUGAAAAAAUGGCGUCACAUUCUUCAUAGAUCUGACAAUAAUUGAAUGUCGCUAUCACCAUUUGAUUAAAUUAUUUCCGUGUAUAAAUUCUGUCAGUAUUUAUUAACUGUAAUGUUUUUUCAUUGAAUGAACCACUCGUUACAGAGGAAGAAAUGCGCGAGAUGGUUAAAUGAUAUCAAAAUACGUUAAACAUAUGAAUUAAAUAAACUCACGAAUCUGUAACAAAAUUUAUGAAUAUCGCAUCUAUGUAGAAGACGCCGUUUUUUCAUUGCGCUUAUUCAAGCAUCGCCUGAGUUGACGUACUUACGAUAAGAAAAAAAGAGAGUCACGUAAAAAUCGAUUUUGAAUCUGUUUUUAGGAUGCUAUAACUGAUAAAAAUGUCGAUUUAAUUGUAAAAGACAUGCAAUCAGACACGUUUAAUUUCGCCUGCCGUACAAGCACCUAAACAUCGAAGUUGUUCCUUAUUCUUUUGAAUAUACAGGGUAAGCCAUUUAAACGAAAAUAUCAUCAUGGAAGCCGAAUGCAUAUGUUACGAAUAAGGUAGAAAAUUAAAUUGAAAUUUCGAAAUUCAUGGGAAGGAAUACCUUCCACGUUUAUCAACGCAAUAUUAAUGGCUUCUCAUGAUCCUCGUGGAAAUAACUUGCCCUGCGUCCCUCGAUGUAAUCCUGCGCGAAAAUAGUUUACUUGUAAAAUUCUACGAAUUUCAACCCUUUCGCCACUUUAGUUUGUUGGAAUUAACGUUCAAGAAUAAAGGAAGAACAAGUAAAUUAAAAUUCUUAAAUUCAUGCAACUUGCACGAGAUUAGAAUUUGCAUUAAUCAUACGUAAAAAAACCACAAAUUAAUGUACAAAAAUAUUAAGAUGUGACUUUUGAAAUUUCUUAUAAAUUAAUGAAUAAGAAAUUCGUGCGAGUUAACUGUAAGUCGUAUAAUGCAAUUUGUACGUGUUAUUUACGCGACUGUAUGGCACGGCAUUUAAAUUGGAUUAGCGAAUUUUAAAUCAUGGUGUAAGCCUUUGUUUGAUAUUCUCGGAUAUGGAAAAUUCUCGGAGACAAUUGAACUUGUUGCUGACGUUUAGCGAAAGGGUUGAGGCGCGAUCACAAACGUUAAGGGAAGAGAUUCAUUUAGCGGCUCGGAAUGAUAUUCGACGAUUACACGCGUGUAAUAAAGGCUGACGCGUACGUACUCUCAUACGUCAUAUCCACUUAAAACUUAAAGCAAAUCGCUGGAUAUCAUCACCUCAAGACACAAAACGCGGGAAGAAGCACUAUAUUGAAGAAGAGAAGAAAAAAAAUAUCAAUACAUAUUAAUAUAUAAUAGAUAUUAUAUUAUUACUGAAUAUUAUAUUAAUAUAUGAUGCUAUAUAUAUUAACUAUUUCUAUUAUGUCCGUCUGCAAAGUCUAUUAGAAGAGUCUAUCCUGUCGACCUAUUCUUACGACCCAUGUGGAUCUCCUCGGAUAUAAAUGUACACAUGUGCGUGUACGCGUGUAUCGAUGAGCGUGGCAUAAUCGCCGAUCGGGAAAGGUAAUUCCUUUUAACGUGUCUCGGAAAUCCGCGAUUUCGCAAGACGAGAGCGCACGUUUACGAUACACGUGUAUUGAUGCAUGUACGAGACUCGACGAGUGAUCAUGACCACGAUCAAUCAGUUGAUCAAUCGAUCGGUCAAUCCUCGAGAGUCUCCCGUCCUCGUUUCAGACGAUCGAUGUGUAAGAUCUUCGUCAUUAAAUGUUCGUGACACGCUCGUGGCAAUAAAACUAGGAUGCUACGUUUGCGAUCGUUUGCGAUCUCUCGCUUCAAUCCUCUCCGGCGUUGUCGUCGGCGUGUCGAUGCUUGCGCGCGAGUCAGAAAUAUUGUAAAACUUAAUCUUGGACAGGUAAUAAUUAUCAAUAUACGGCGAAGAUGAUUACUCUUCUCGACGGUCACCACAAAAUUACUUAUUUAAUUAAUAAAAUAAUUUAAUUCAGAAGAUUAUCGUGAUUUAAUUUUCACGAAGAAUCUAAUGAUUUUUUUAAAGAUACACUUUUUAAAGAUUACUUGAAUUGAUCAUAAUGAAAACUUGAUGCAUCUGUAAGAAUAAAAAAUUUCCUCUUUAUUAAUAAUGUAUUUUAUUUUAUUAUAAAAGCAUUAAUGUCUUUGGUGAGACGAGAGUCUGUUAAUAAAGCUUUGCGCUGUAAGGAAAUAAUUUAAAUCAAAAUGAAUCUUAUAUUUCGUACAAUAUAUUUUUAUAUGAAAAAUUGCGAGAUGAAUGUAUAACUAAUUGUACCCAUCGUGAAGAUUUAUAUUAAAUGCUAUCUAAAUUCAUAAUCUCAUUUGCACGCAAAAUAUAAAUACGUUGUCAGCUUUCUAACAAUGUUGAAUAAGAGAAAAUCGUAAUCUCUCUCUUUGAAUCUUACCUGUCUAGGAUUAACGAAACAAUUUCUUUCCCCCCGUAGCAAUCUGUGUGUUAUACAGUACAUCCGAUUGCACAUGCGACCGAAUCGAAUGAUAAUUCGUGAAUAACGCUAAAAGUGCGUUAUCGCGCGUGAACACCGACGUUCUCCGACGCAGCCUUUGUAUCGCGUGAUACGACUCCGUAUGUUCUUUUCCGAGGGUGUUCGAUGAGUGCACACUCUGUUUGCGAUCCGAUGGAAAAUUGCGGACCGCGUGUCGUUACGAGCGACCGAUUCGCAUCGACGUGUUUUGUACGUGUGUGAUUUACGUAAGCCCGAAAUUAAGUUGAUACGGGUGGCGCGCACCGGCCGGCGCCCGCGCGGCAAUGCGGCGUGAUUAUUUAGUGGAUUGUGUACGUAUACGUUUGAACACGCAGUGGUUAAAUUCAUAUGAACUAUGAGCAAAUGUGUGUGUCUCAGCUCAUGUUGUCAAAGCAUCAAUAAAAAAAGAGGUUUUAUAAACCGCGUGGUAUCCCUUUGUUACUGCUCUGUGACGCCCGCAUCAUCAAGUAUCUCGGAUUUUCCUUUACGUUUACCUGACGCUUACUUGCGCCUCAACUCUGCACACAACGAGCUACGUCUUCAUAACAUGAUACUCUCCGCGAAGAAUCAACUGCAGCAAUGAGAGUUAUUGGCAUAGGCAAAAUCGUUAUUUAUUGAAAUUUAUUGAGCACAAUUAGUUCUCCUUAUAUUUUUACACAAGUAAACCUAUAUUAAAAGUUGUUUGAAAUUAUGUUUAUAUGUAUAUAGAAUGUCUUAAGUUAUCCUUUACACAAACACACGUGUACAUAUGCGUAUGCUCGUAUAUUGGUGUACGUUUUUUAUAUAUUUAAAUUCAUUUCUCUGUAAUACCCACGAUGCAUACUAACAAUACAUAUCAAAGUCUUAUGUUACACUGGCAAUAAUAAUUAUAGUUAUCUGACA